AUGGGGAAGUUGAACUAUUCAGCGAGAAAAAUUGACGGCGAGAAGUUCGCACGGGUCCUCUCCAGAGACCUGAGAAAGCGACUGCCAGAUGGGCCCGGCUUUAAAGCUGCAGCGCGGGAUCCUACUUUAGAGAUCGACAUUUCAAACAAGAAGCUGACAGACAAAGAUCUCUCUCUGUUCAUCGAUGAUCUCCUUGAAUGUAUUAGGGAGGAUCUUGCAAAAGUGAUUGAGUUCCAUCUUCAGGGAAACAGCCUCACCGUUAAAUCUCUACCGAAGCUGGGCGAGGUAGUUGCGCUAAACGCAGGCGAGAUGAGGGAGCUUGAUAUCUCGAACAACAAUAUUAGUAUCAGUCCGAACCUUGACGAUAAGGCAAUGUGGUGCAGCUUCCUCCACUCCUUCAAGAAUUGUUAUAUGCUCAAGAAGCUCGAUCUUGGGGGUAACCCUCUGGGGCCUGUGGGAUUGGAAAAUUUUGCUUGUGUUUACAUCAAAAGUGACCUUCACUUCCUCGAGGAUGAUGCUAAUGUCAUUGUCGAGCAUAAGCAUGAAGAGAGGCCCUCCAUUGAAGACCCAGUUGCCGUAAAGCCCACAGCUGGGAAGGAGAACGAACGCAACACGAGGGGUAGUCGCCUUGGAAAGUCACCAAGCAAGGGGAAAAAGGCUUUGAGACAAACUUCUGGCCAGCCCAAAUCUAACCCCGUUAAAGGAACGGCCCCUGACGACCUCAAACGCUUCGCAUGUACCCGCGGCCUUCGCUCGAUUGCCUACCUCAUCUUGUCCAACGUUCACAUGGCAAAGAGUGGCACGGUGCACCUUGCGAGUAUGCUGAGCCUGCAAAAGACUUCAGAGCAGCUCUUAAAAUUCCUCCCUGGGGGCAAAUCCCUAGUCUUACCUGAAACCGCACACAACAAGAGCAUUGUCUGGCUUCCCAACGACACUCUUCCUCAAAUAGCGAGCGAGUUCCUCGAAAAGGCCGAAGCCAUUAACGAGAUCAAAGUUCACAUUGACUCGGAUAGUGAACUUUCAAAUGACGACGAGGACCAGGGACUUGCCAGUACCAUCAUUAUUGAGCCGAACGCAGAGCCCAAUCACAAAAUCGACACUGCUGCACAGAGGGAGUUGCAGAACAAAAAGAACAUCGCAUACGUCAGACUCACUAAGCGUGUUCGUAUGGAAGCACUGUAUGAUGAAGGUGUGCGUGACACAGACCUUUGGAUCACUGCUCUGCGAAUGAUGAAUGUGUCCCGAAUCCUCCUUUGGCAAGGUAAGGACAACGUUGUUGGCUCCCCACACAAGGAACAGGACCAGCAUGAAGAAGAUGACGACGACAGAGACGAUCCCAAUCCUUCCGCAGUCCACAUUGAAGACAUCGCUCAGCAAUUUGAAGCACUGGAAACAACAGACCAUCCCAGUUCCCCUGAAUCACCUUUUUCCCCCGUUGAGAUCCAUGUCACAGAGCCUGACCGCAUGGGCCCUUUCCAUCCCGGCACAGACUCAUUCAAUACCAAUUUUCCCAUCCUUCAUUCAUCCACCACUGCUGCCGAGAGUGUUGAGACUCCGCCUACCAGAAACGAUGAAGAAGAACACAUUGUCACCGCAAGAAACAAGUUGACUCCAUCACCACAACCUGCCCGCUCUGGAAAGGGCAGCACCCGCGCUGCAUCCAGAUCCCGAGUCCUCCGCAAGAAAAAGGAGACCUGGCGCUUUGGCUUUACGCUCGAUAUUUGGCGCAGAAUCAUCGCUGGUGCGGUCGGCGCGGAAGGUAUUCUGGGCUUUGAACAGCAGACUCAGAUCAUGCGUUAUGGCACUGAUAGGAAGACUCUUAAGGACGAGAUGGGUAUUACAGGUCUUGAGGAUCACCAACAGAUCUGGAGGAUCUUGGAGAAGAAUAAUUGCUUCGUUUAUAGUCCUUUGUAG